UGAAGGUAAGCUGCAUCAAUCACUAGCUGGAGGGGAUGGAGUGAAAAGUCAACACCAUCAACAUAAGCAGAUCAUUGUGCCAAGCCUUCAGCAUGCCAUCCCUUCGCCUUAUCUUCCUCUCCGCCCUCCUUGUGGUCCUGAUGGCCGUGCUGACCUCCAGUGCCAGAGCAACACGCUGGCCCAAACCUCAGAGCACCAAGAAGCCCCCCCGAGCUGGGAGCGGCGGCGGAGGUGGAGGAUUUGUACGAACCACCACCACGACCGCGCACCCUCCCAGCAGCCUGCACACAGAUGAGACGACUGAGGUUAUGAUGGACGCUUACUCCUCGUCCCCAACAGACAGCACCACCUACUCCAGCGACACUUACCCCACUGCGUUCCUCACGGAUCCCAUGGCGCCCCCUGGGAACACCCCUGGAAACUAUACCCUCGACUACAAUGAAUGUUUCUUCAACUUCUGUGAGUGCUGUCCACCAGAGAGAGGCCCCGUAGGACCCAGGGGAGAGAGAGGGCCACCAGGACAGUCAGGAGAGAGGGGCCCUCCAGGGUUGCCAGGAGAAAAGGGAGAAACAGGUCCAAGAGGACUUCCAGGACCAGCUGGACUACCUGGAGCCAAUGGGCUCAAUGGCGACAUAGGUGAAAAAGGUGAUCAAGGAUCUGUGGGUCUUCCUGGUAUCCCCGGGGUCCCAGGAAAACCAGGAGAAAAAGGUGAUCCAGGCCCCAGAGGAGAGAAGGGUGAACGUGGCUUCAGUGGUUUGAAAGGGGACCUGGGAGAGAGAGGCGAGCCUGGCCUGAAUGGGACUAAGGGCAGCACUGGGCGAGAUGGGCCUAUGGGUCCCCCAGGGAUAGUUGGGACAAAGGGUCAGAAAGGUGAACAAGGACUUCCAGGCGAGUGUUUACCGGGUGAGAAAGGAGAGAAAGGGGAUGUGGGUGAAGGUGGGCCCCCUGGUCUGAGAGGCGAGAUGGGCCCACCAGGAAUGAAUGGAACUGAUGGUAGAAAGGGAGAGAGAGGAGAGCAAGGGCCUUCAGGAGGGAAGGGGGAUACUGGGGUGAGAGGGCUGCCAGGAUCUGCAGGUUUGAGGGGUAUGGCAGGGCUGAGAGGGGAGAGGGGGCCUAAAGGUGGGCGUGGGCCUCGGGGGCCUAAAGGCUCGCCAGGUGAAAGUGUGGAGCAGGUUCGCUCUGCCUUCAGUGUGGGCUUGUUCCCCAGCAGGUCCUUCCCUCCACCCGGUGUACCUGUGAAGUUUGAUAAGGUGUUUUACAAUGGGGAGGGGCACUGGGACCCAUCACUCAACAAGUUCAAUGUCACCUACCCGGGGGUUUACUUAUUCACUUACCACAUCACUGUUCGCAACCGGCCUGUGCGUGCUGCCCUGGUGGUUAAUGGGAUGCGGAAGCUGCGAACUCGGGAUUCUCUGUACGGCCAAGACAUCGAUCAGGCGUCCAACCUCGCGCUGCUGCAGCUGAAUGACGGCGACCAGGUGUGGCUGGAGACGCUGAGAGACUGGAAUGGAAUUUACUCCAGCAGUGAGGAUGACAGCACUUUUUCUGGCUUCUUGCUUUACCCAGGCUCAAACAACAAACCUACUGGUAUAGAAAACCUUUGA